UUUUGAUUUUUCUCCACUGAUCGAAAACCAUGGCUGCUCCGGCUGCCGGCGAACGCUCUCUGAAGGAAACGCCGACGUGGGCUGUGGCGCUGGUGUGCGCCGUCUUUGUGAUAGUGUCUGUACUCAUUGAACAUGGAAUCGAGUCUCUUGCAAAGUGGUUUAAGAAAAAGCGGAAGAAGGCCAUGAGUGAAGCCCUGGAGAAAAUAAAAGCUGAGUUGAUGCUACUAGGCUUUAUUUCAUUGCUACUCACCAUCGGUACUAGAUUCAUUGCCAAGAUAUGCAUCCCUGCUGAACUGGGAAGCACCAUGCUUCCAUGCAAGGGUGGUUAUAAGGACGACGGCGGAUACGGUGGUGACGACGGCGACGACGGCGAAGACGGAGGAGAUGACAGGAGAAAGUUAUUAUCAUAUGCUGAAGAAAUGAUAUUGCGUAGAGUUUUGGCCGCCCAGGCUGGAGGUGACUAUUGCUCCAAAUCUGGUAAAAUACCAUUGAUUUCGCAAACGGGAGUGCACCAACUGCAUAUAUUUAUAUUUAUGCUGGCAGUUUUCCAUGUGCUUUACAGCGUCAUGACCAUGGCUUUGGCCCAGGCCAAGAUGAAGAAAUGGAAGUCUUGGGAAUCGGAGACAUCUUCCUUGGAAUAUGAAUUCACAAAUGAUCCAGCGAGAUUCAGGUUCACCCAUCAGACUUCCUUCGUGAGGCGCCACGCUGGCUUCUCCAGAGCACCUGGGAUUAGAUGGAUUGUGGCAUUCUUCAGGCAAUUCUUUGCCUCAGUGACAAAGGUGGACUACACAACAAUGCGUCGUGGAUUUAUUAAUGCACAUCUAGCUCCAAACAGCAAAUUCAACUUCCACAAAUACAUAAAGAGAUCCAUGGAAGAUGAUUUCAAAGUGGUUGUGGGUAUUAGUAUACCAUUGUGGAUUUUUGCCAUCAUCUUCAUGCUUCUAAAUGUUUACAAAUGGUACACCCUCUCAUGGAUGCAAAUAGUGCCAGUCACGAUACUUCUUGUAGUGGGCACCAAGCUUGAACUGAUUAUCAUGGAGAUGGCAGAAGAAAUCCAAGAUAGAACCACUGUUGUUAAAGGGGCCCCAAUUGUGGAGCCAAACAACAAGUUUUUCUGGUUUAAUCGGCCUCACUGGGUUCUCCUUUUGAUUCAUUUCAUCCUUUUCCAGAAUGCAUUUCAAAUGUCUUUCUUCCUAUGGAUAACUUAUGAAUAUGGGAUCAAGUCAUGCUUCCAUGAAAACUUGGCUGAGAUUUUGGUGAGACUUUUCUGUGGAGUUGCCCUUCAAAUCCUCUGCAGCUACAUCACCUUCCCUCUCUAUGCCUUGGUAACACAAAUGGGUUCUCACAUGAAGAAAUCAAUCUUUGAGGAGCAAACCGCACAGGCCCUUAAGAAAUGGCAGAAGGCUGCAAAGGAGAGGAAGAAGUUGAGAGAAGCAGGGGGAGAUAUUGCUCCUGGGAGUCUAGGUGGAGAAAACACACCAAGCCAUGGCUCUUCACCCUUGCAUUUACUACGCAACCACAAGUAUAGGUCUAGUACAAAUGAAGUGGAAAGUGCUCCCACUUCCCCGAAAUCAUACCAAUCUGACACUGAUCUCUCGGACAUGGAGGGUUCUUCUCGUCAUGGGCAUCAUCAAUCAAAAGAAAAUGAUCAUCUCGACAGAAAUGCAGAGUCACAUAGUAUUGACUUUUCCUUCUCUAAGGCUUAGAAAAUGCGUUCAAGUCUAGUUUGAUGAGUGGUUUGUAUAGUUAUAUAUAUCUAUGAAGUUUCAGGGAGGGAUGAUAUGUAUCCAUCUUAAUUGUUGUAUAAUUAAUUAAGAAAAUAAUUAUCGGAUUUUGCAAACCAUUUCGAUUGUUGAUUAUAAUUUUUUUUGAAUAUGUUC